UCAAAUGUUCUUCCCACUCUCGGCUUAUAAAAGCAGGAAUAAAUGUCUAAAAAACUAAAUAUCUAAAAACAUUGAUAAAUUGUGCACACGUGCGCACUUUCCUACCUCUUGCUAUUUCGCACACGUUAUUUGUUUCCAAAAGACAAUUGUAUUAAUUAUAUGACACGUAUAAAAAAACAUGAUACCGCACGAUCGGUUUUAUAUGCCCCCGGGGGACAAUCCGUGUGCGUGAUCGCACGCAACUGUAGCAAUUUUUUUCCUACGGCAAAAUCGAUUUUUCCACCGUGUGUAUGUCUUCGUUUUCCCUUCCCGUCUAAAACCAUUUGUCGUGGUCAUGCGCAAUUCUUUUUCACUGCUAUCACACUCGUCAACGUGCGGCAGUCGCUGUCGCGCCAUCGAGACGAUAACAUGGCCAAAAUUACUACCAUCCCUUGGUCUAAUGUAAACUGCGAAAAGGACAUCGUCGACGCGUUGGUGUGGAGCAAAUGGAUACUGCGAAUACUCGGGAUCUGGCCGUUGGUAUUUCCAGUCACCUCGAGGGUCGAGAAGAUCCUAGCGACGACCUCGUUCGCGCUGUCCUGGUCCGCGCUCGGCUUCCUCUUGAUACCCAUAGCCAUCUUCACUCUCUCAGAUCACACGGUGACGAACGACAAGGUGAAGAUGCUGGGUCCGCUGGGCCAUGUGCUCAUCUCGAUGUUGAAGUAUCUGUUCUUAGUAGUUCGUCAUAAAAGCAUUCGACAGUGCAUCCGCGGCCUGAGUUUCGAUUGGCGCGCGGUCCAGCGAGAGAAUUACCGAACGAUUAUGAUGAAAGACUCGAUGAAGAGCCAUAUGCUAUCCAAGUUCUGUAUAGCGUUUAUGUAUUGCGGGGGCCUCUCUUAUGUCACAGUUAUGCCGUUCUUGUCACAAAAACCAGAUGGUGAGAAGAAUGCUACCGUCGGCCCGGUGCCGUAUCUUGGUUUUGAUAUCAUUUUCGACUUGCGCUUCGUACCGGGUUACGUGUUUGUCUUUUGCAUGCAAUGCUUCUCCGCUGUCGUGAUGUUCAACAUCACCACGGCGGUGUAUUGCUUAGCUGCCAUGUUCGUGGCACAUGCAUGUGGCCAAAUCGAAAUCGUGAUGGCGCGAGUGGAAAGUUUCAUGAAAGAUGUACAGAGUAAUCGUAUAAAUUCUGAGCAUUGUAUGGCGGUUAUUGUGAAACACCAUGUGAAGGCGUUAAGAUUUUCAGCCAGCAUCGAGAAUAUCUUAAGUGAGAUAUGUCUGGUAGAAGUUGUGGGAUCAACAUUGAUAAUAUGCUUGCUGGAAUAUUACUUCCUUAUGGAAUGGCAAAACAGCGAUAGCAUUGCAAUCCUGGCAUAUUCUUUUCUGUUGACGUCAUUCGUCUUUAACAUAUUCAUAUUUUGUUACAUCAGUGAACUAUUAACGGACCAGUACAGUAAGGUGGGAUACACUUUUUACAAGAUCGAUUGGUAUCUUUUACCGGGGAAAAUUGCACUCGAUUUCACGUUGAUGAUCAGCAUGUCUCACCAUCCGAUAAAGAUUACUGCCGGGAAAUUAAUCAGCCUCUCGUUCACUAGUUUUGGUGCCGUAAGUAUAAUACAAUGUUACUUCAAAGACUUCAAACACGUUCAAAACAUCUUAUGCAUGUUUCGUUACAUUAUGAUUCAUAGGUUCUGAAAACUUCGGUCGCGUAUUUAAACUUGCUGCGAACCGUCGUUUAAUGCAUACAAAAGGUAACUCGACUUAAUCCAUACAUGAUAACAACAGAUAAAUUAAUAUUCAACGUAUCCUCUCUGCCAAGAAGAUUUAUACAGCAUAAAUGUCUCCCGAGAUAAAAAUAUAUAAUAUAUGCAUUCAAUAAAUUAUUAUGUGCACGAAUAUCAAAUGAACGCCAUAUUAUAUACAGAGUCGCGUCUUUAGCUUCGCGAGUAAUCAAAUGAUUUUUAGAUAACAUCAACAUUACAGUUAUAUAAUGUUAUAUAUUAUUCACGUGUUGUAGCUAUGAAAUCUAUAGUGGAAUAUAUUAUAUAUUUCGAAAGUAUAAAGCCCUCGUUCAUCUUUUUUUUGAUAUAUUAAAUUUAA